CGCCUUUCAGAGAAAGACUGGAAAUUUCAAAAAGUUCCAUUUCCCGCUAAGAGAUCAAUAUCGCUACUCCUACUCCCCUCCAUUUCUCGGCCUUCCGAGCAACCGCAGCCAGUCCUCGCAAUCGACGGCAAGGCUACUCGUAUUCGAAAGGAAAUGGAAAAAAUCUAUGAUGAGCUAAAUGAAGUGAAAAUUGAGGUGGAAAAGCUGAGAGAAGAAUGCUUGGCCAAAACCAAGCUGGCAGAGAGUUUAGGGGAAGCUAAUGUGAAAGAACUGGAGGCCAAAUCUGUGGAGAUAAGUGAAAUUAGGCAUAUGUGUGAGGGGUUUCAGUCCAGUUUGCACAGAAAGGACUUGCUUUUAUUGGGUUGCAAUGGGAAGAUUUCGAAACUGGAGGGUGAAAACAGAGAUUUGGCAUUGGCUCUAGAUAAAGCGUCGGCAAGAAUCCAGGAUCUGGAGAACAAGACUAGUGCUAGUUCUGAGGAACUUGCAGGUCUUAGGAUGCUUUUAUCAGUGAAAGCGGGGAAGAUUGUGGAAGUGCAGGAUAAUGUAUCAAAAGAUAUGAAAGAGAGAAAUGAAUAUAUACUCAAGCUAGAAGAGGAAAUUAGAACCACUCGUGAUCAGUUGAAAUGGAGGAAUGAACAGUUCUUUCACCUGGAAGAGGCACACAACAAACUUCAGUCUCAGUUCAUGGAGAGUAAGAUGGAGUGGCAAGAGGAACAAUCCUUGUUCAUUAAUGAAGUUUCUUCACUGCGAGCUAAUUUGGAUGCUCAAAAUCAAGCUGUCAAGAGCCUGGAGUCCCAACUGACGAUGACUCAAGAUGCCCUGGCUCAUGAACAAAGCAGAAGGAAAGAUCUUGAUCAUCAGUUGUCUGAAUGCAGAUCACAAUUCGAAAAUGUUUCCCAGGAGUGUCAUACUGUAAAAUCAGAAGUUGAGGAGCUAACUAUGAGGAGGGAUGAACAGAUAGCCGAGCUACGGAAGCAAUUGAGAAUAAAAGAGAAGCUUGCCAAUGAAAUGAAGCACAAAACUGUACAGUUAGAGAAGGAGAAUAGCGACCGUUUGGAUUUAUUGAAAGCUAUUCAAGAGGCUGAGCGUAGUAAAACCUCAGGCCCUUCAUUGAAGAAGUUGCAAAAGAGACUUGAUGGCCUGGAAAAACUACAUAGUAAUUUUUCUGUACAGCUACAAGAGAAGGAGGCUGAUAGGAAUUCUCAAAUAGAAAAGUUGACAGGGGAUGUAGAGUGUUACUUAUCUGAAUUGUGUGGAAAGAGUGAAAGCAUUAAAAAAAUUCACAAGGAACUGGAAGAUUGCCAGUGGCUAUUGGAGGCGAAGAACGACGAAGCCUCUGCUUUAAUCAUGAUGUUAAAAUCUGAGUUUGAUGCUGCGUAUUCAAAGCUAUAUGAUGCCAAAGGAAAUUUGGAAAUGGACAUUAUGCGCGUUGAAGAGGAAAAUGCUAUAUUAAAUCAGCAGCUACAAUUAAAGAACACUGAGUUGCAUCACGUUCAUGCUGAGCUGAAACAGAGAUGUGAGGAGAUGGCAGAUUUACUGAAGCAUGCCGAGUCAUGUGAUCUCGAUUCUUUGAAUCAGAAAAACUUUAUCAUGGAGGAAGAACUGAGAGAGCAUAAGGUGAUGCUUAAGGAAUCAAAUGAAAGGCACCGUCUGUUAGAACAAAAAUUUCUUGAAGUACAUUCAGAGAGGGAGAGGAUACAAGAUGCUUUAGAGGUGGCAGAUCUUGCGCUGGUGAACAAAAGUCUUGAAGUCAAGAAAUCUAUGCUUGAAUUUCAAAAGUGUGAAUCAGAAGUUGAAAGCUUGAGAAUGAAUUUGGUAGAAAUUCAAGAACUACAUGAUCAAGAGAAAGCCAACCUUCUCGAGACAAUGAAUGAUAAAGAUGUCGUAAUUGCUAAGUCUCAGAAACACAUUUCUGAUUUGGAAUCAGCUAUUUUAGACAAGUCAAGGACCAAUGAAGUUCUUGAGAACGACAAUGCUCAUUUGAAGAAAGCGUUAGCUGAAAGGGAAGAAGGGAAAAUUGCACUUGAGCUCGAAAUUAAGAACUUAGCAACUCUUGUUGCAAUGAAAGAUAAGAAGAUACAAGAACUUCAGAUAGAAUUAGAAUCACUGGAUCAGAACUUAAAACAUGCCACAAUGAGACAGUCAGAGAUGGAGGAGCUGAAAAGCCAACUUGAAAAGACAAGAAGUUGCUUGGAGGAACACGAGUCCCAUAAAGAAGCCAUGCUUGAAGGUCUUAUGAAUGCUUCAAUUGACAAGGAGCAAUUUAUGGCCCAACUGGAGAUCAUUUUAGGCCAAAUCAAUGUUUUAACCAAACAAGAUGAUGAACUGGGGGACCUACUGGAGAAAAUACUACAUCUUUCCGGAGGAAACCAUGAACCAGAAAGAAACCGGCUGUCCAGUGGGGGAAAUGAUACUACAUUAUUAUCCUCAAGAAAAUCAAUCCAAGUAAGUUUUGAUGAAAGAACUCCACUGACAGAGCUCAACUGUUGAUUAUAUGCUGUCUAGAAAGGUAACAACUGCUUAAACCCAUUGUCUACUUUUGUUAUUGAAAAUUUUAAAGGAGCUGAACCACUAAAAGACAAUCAAGAAAUGCAGGUUUGAGUGGUAAGGAUGCAAUUGAAUGACCGUCGAAAUAGUUUGGCCGAUAUGCUCUUCGUAUUCUUUUACUUUAGGAGUUUUCUUAGUCGUAGUAAACACAUGUAUGUGAAGUUUGAAAUGAUCAUCCCUUGUUUGAAGUGAUAUUUCCUAUUUUUAGUUCAUUGCUGCCUUUUGAGUUUUCUUGUGGUAUCCUUUUGUGUUUUCAAGUGAUUGUAAGUUCUCAUUGUUUGAAAAUUGCUGGUAAUUAUUACAGAGACAUCUACCUGCACAUUUUGAUCUAUAU